AGAAUCGCCAGCAGCGCCGCGGUGUGUGUUUCUGGCGCAGCUCAGUGACAGUGUGUGCAAAUCCUGGAGUGUCUGUGGCGAGGGCAGGAAAUACAGUGUUUUUGUGCUUUGGGCGGUUCUGUGAGACUCUCUCGUGGGGUGAAAUAUUUGCAAGACAUGCCACCGGAGGCGAAAACGAUGAACGGGCUGAGCUUCAGUGAGCUGUGCUGCCUCUUCUGCUGCCCGCCCUGCCCUGGCCGGAUCGCGUCGAAGCUGGCCUUCCUGCCGCCAGAGGUGUCGUACGAGCUGAAGGCGGACGAGGGCUCCGCCACCAAGUACGCCCUGGUGCUGCUGGAGAAGGCCGACUGGCAGUACUCUGAGCGCGAGAAGGAGUUCUUCGAGGCCUUCUUCACGCGCUCCACGCGAGGCAACCGGAUCGCCUGUCUCUUCGUCCGCUGCAGCUCGAAUGCCAGGUUCACGCUGCUGUUCAGCCACGGAAACGCCGUGGACUUGGGCCAGAUGACCAGCUUCUUCGUCAGUCUGGGCAAGCAGAUCAACUGCAACAUCUUCAGCUACGACUAUUCCGGCUACGGCAUGAGCACGGGAAAGCCGUCGGAGAAGAAUCUCUACGCGGACAUCGACGCCGCGUGGCACGCGCUGCGGACGCGCUACGGCAUCAGCCCGGAGAACAUCAUUCUCUACGGCCAGAGCAUCGGAACGGUGCCCACAGUGGAUCUCGCCAGCAGAUACGAGGUCGGCGCCGUGAUACUCCACUCGCCGCUCAUGUCUGGCAUGCGGGUGGCCUUUCCCGCCACGAAGCGCACGUGGUUCUUCGACGCAUUCCCCAGCAUCGACAAGGUGCCCAAGGUGACGUCGCCGGUGCUGGUGAUCCACGGCACGGAGGACGAGGUGAUUGACUUCUCGCACGGCGUCACGAUCUACGAGAAGUGUCCGCGCGCCGUGGAGCCGCUGUGGGUGGAGGGCGCCGGCCACAAUGACGUGGAGAUGUACAGUCAGUAUCUCGAGAGGCUGAAGCAGUUCAUCUCUGUGGAGCUGGUCAACUGACAAAAGCAGAACUCCGCCAACAACAGCGCUCAAGAGGCUGCUUCCGGUGACGACAUUCUGCACGCUUCCAUCACGAUCAGCUCAUCGCCGACCAACAAUUCUACGACUGAGAAGUUGCUCUAGCAUCAGGCGCCCGGCGUCUC